GUAUUUGCAUGAUUAAGACCCGAUCUGGUAAAUAAAAUGUUUUUAAGAAAAUGAAACGGUCAAAGAAAGAAGGAGAUAGGCACUUACACAGUGCUUUUACAAAUAAAGCCUUGUAUGUUCUGGAAUCAAAGCUUAAACAAGAAGACAGUGAUGAUAGCAGUCUGGCACCACUCUUGAAGAUUUGUAUGAAUAAAGAUGCGGAACAAAAUGGUCUUGAACAAAUUGCUAUUUUAAAAGAGGUUGGGAAUCAGUUGAAAGAGUUGCUUGCCACUUGCUGUAAUGACACAUUGAUUAAAGUCCUGUUUGAUUCAUUUGCUUAUUUAUUCAUCAAAUGCAAGUCAAAACACCCAGCAAGGAGAGCAAUUACAAGCAUUCUUCAUACGCUUCCGGAAUGGUCUACUCAACAAGUAAUUCAAUAUUUGACAAAAAAUUUGUUAGAAGAAUUAAGAAAUUCACACGAGUUCAAGGAUGGUCUUAACUUUCAAAUUGAAGGCAGAAGAAUUGUUGAGACCUUGAUGGCAUUCACAGAAAACUUUCCAUUAGGCAGGCAAGUGAUCAACAAUUGUAGCCAUGAAGCCUUUCAAUUUUUGACGAUGCUGCUUUCGCAAGAAAUUCCUAAUGCCAGAUUGUCAAAGUCGUUGGAAAUCCAGUCAAAUGCAAUGUCAAACUGCCUAAGUGCAAUAAAAACCACAAUUGCGAUCUUACAUUGCAACAUAUUGCUGGAGGAGAAGCGAAAAAACAUAAGCUCGCCCGGCAAUAAAGUAAAUACUAGCACGUUGUACGAGAUUCUCAAGUAUUGCCUGGAUAUACUACAAAACGAUGACUUUAUGUUGGAUUGUAGAAGUGCGGCAGGAGUGGCUGUUGUUGCUACCUUACAGUUCUUGCUGCCAAUAGAGAGCUUAAAGAACCUUAUUGAGAUUUUGUUGAUAGAAUGGAAAAAUUUAUCAUUAGACGGAAUGAGAAAGCAGUUGUUGCCUAAAGGGAAAAUACUGCAUGGUGAAAAUGCGUAUCUUGAAGAGCAGAUUGUGGAUAUUCUUCUAGAGAAGCUGGUUCAGGCACAAAGUUUCCGUUCUUCCAGACUGAUUCUUUGUCAUGGUCUCAUUACCAAACUCGAUUCUAGUAUUCUACAUGAUGGGGAACAAGUCUCGUCAGAGUUAGGUCAAGCAACUGAAGAGCAUCUACCAGGGCUAAGAAGCACGAGUCAUAAUUGUGCAGACUCUGAAGGUGAAUAUCUGACCAAAAAUGAGCACGAUUCUGGUAUUGAUUUGCGGCAUAGAAUGACGAACCUGGAAAUUUCUUCAGCUUUGCGUAGUGGGCCAUCUGAAAUAGAAGACGGAGGUUUGGACGAAGAGGCCAUUGGUUCGGCUGACAAAUGUGACAGUGAAAUAAGAAGGAGGACUCUCUUUACAGAUUCGAUCUUGGAUUGUUUACUGGAUAUCUGUUCGACAGUAAAUGAGAAAGGCUUAACCGUUUAUGCGUUCAGGUCGUUGAACUGUUGGACAACAGAAGCAUAUAACCAUUGUAAAGCACUUCUUGGAGUUGAAAGCGAAACAACAGAUCUAGGGUUUUACUCGCCAAGUUGUGAUACAACACCCAAGCUGCUUCGUACAUUGAAUGGCUAUUUGGAUCACCCCGUUGACGCAGUAAGGCACCAGGUUAGACAUUCUCUGGAGAAGGUUAUCAAGAUUAUUAAUCUUUUUCCGGAUUCCGAAGCUCAUAUUAACAUGCUGUUGGGUAAUUGGCUACAUGGAAAUCUGAAAAUCAGAAGCAAAUGCUUGUCAUUGAUCUGUGUUUUAGACCAUAUAAGCGCUACAAAAUUCUUAGAAAUCCGAAAGUCGUUGCCCUUUGAUUUGCUGGAUUGCCUCAAUGAUUGUAAUCUUUCUUCGUGUAUUUGUGAUUUGUACGUGAAAUCGGCAACGUGCCAUUUUUCAGAAAUCCGCGAAGGUGAGUCGCAAAGAGACAGCUGGCUCCGUAUCUGGUGUGAGCCGGUUUUCAAAGCUAUCUCUUUAAGUGAUCGCAUACGAAGGACCUAUAUUACUGACUAUAUAGUUCCUGGGUUGCUUAAGGCUUUCCCUGGCCUGAUUAACGUGAUUUUAGAGAAAAGCAGGGACCUUGAGAAUACUCGGGAUUACGUCAUAACAACGAUCGUUUUCCUCUCAUGUGCCAGGGGUCUUAGAGAUUGUGCCAAGUUGGAUCUCGCUGCAAAACGGGUGGAUUGUGUCAGUUAUUGGCAUGGCUUGGCACGAAUGGAAUUCAUGGAGCUUUGCUUGUGCCAUAUUGAUGAACAGGUAAGGUUAGAUUGUUUGGCAUUGAUCUGCGAAUCAAACAAAAGCACAGAGGUCCUGCAGCAGCAAGACUUUCAGUUGCUGAAGUUCUUUAUUCCACUUAACAUGACGAGUCAAAGCCCCAAGUUCAGAAGUCGAUUUGUUUGUUGCAUAAAGAAAGCUGUCUCGCGCAUAACCGAUCGAUGCAAGCAAAUAAGAAAGGCAUCAGAAACACUUGUUUUGAAUGACGAAAGCAGCAGCAGAGAUAGUAUGUUGAGCAAAGAACUGCUCGAUUGUAAGGCCUUUGUUAAGUGGCUUUUGGAUUUUCUGUUUUCUGGUUUACAUACAGCUGCGUGUUUCCCGCGGAUUGUCACAGCACUGGAGAUUAUGGCGACUAUCUUAAAGGUAAUUUCAGAAAUAGAUCUAAACAAUGCUGAUGCAUUGAAUACACUUGGUUCUGAUGCUUGUGAUAUUUUUCAAGUUUUUACAGAAGACGUUUUCUCCAAGGAUCGCAUACGAACACUUAUUAGUUGCCUGCACGAUACAUUUGAUGUAAACAGAUCUCUAGCCAAUGAGAUUCUUAUGAUGCUACCAUGUGAUAUUUUUUCCUUUACACAAGAUGAGUUGUUGAAUCUUUUUGAAGAAGGGCUCCAAUUGGCAUACAGCCCCCAACCUGAUGAGGCGAACUCGGCUCCUGAGAUCAUGAAGUUCUUAGCCAAUGGAAGUAUAAAAAAAAUGACGGUUACUGCAUUGAACAGCAAGUACAAGCUGCUUUACGAUAAUAGCGGCCCUAAAGAAUGUUUCUAUCAUGCACACCUAAUAAUUUUGAGACUCUUGACUGAAAAGCUAAAUGAACAGUUGCGCAUAGCUGAGUCUGGACUCUCGAAGGCAGCAUUGGAGGGACCAUUGCAUGGGACCAUACAAUGCAUUAGGCAGUUGUUAAGGACUGUUAAAAUACAGAAGGUUAGAAGCAAAAUUAUUUGGCAAUCAUUAAUUGCAGAACUAAUUACAAUGUCGUUAAGAGUAACCGAUGUUGUAGGGCCUGUUAUACAAAGCAAUGCGCCAGAAGGUAGCCUCGAUGAAGCAGGAGAUCACAAUGUCAUGGUCGCCGAGGUUUUGGGAGAAAGAGAGUCGAGUAUAAGGGAAGUCGAGGCCCAGGCCCAUCUCUCGCAAAUGCUUCUUGUUUGUUGCUGGCGGUCCAUGAAAGAGGCAGUAUUGUUGCUAGGUGACAUUGUUCACUCUGUUCCGAUUUAUGAGGAUUCAAACAAGGACAAAAAGGAACGAGGUGAACCCCUCCUGCCACCAAGUAUCACGACGGAUAUGAAAGAAAAGAUCAAACCAUUUGGAAGGGACGAGGAGAGUUUGAUGUUUGUGGACGUUGUGAUGAAAAAUAGUGAUGAGUCAAUUGACGUCUCGCAGCCAGCAGACAACUUUCAGUCAUCAAGGGUGGAGAGUAGUGUGGGAAUUGAAAACAGCAGAACAGAGAGCAGACAUAAUGUCAAAAGGGACCUUACGACAGGGCUUCUUUCGUCAAAAAUUGCCGUUGAAAUAGGCAAUGUUUUCAUAGAUAUUCUGUUGUCAUCCCGUCAUGUUGGUGCAUUUGAAUUGGCUUAUUUAGGCUUUGUAAAAGUCUGUGACUCUUUUUGGCGAAGCCAGUUCGAGUCCUUGAAAGUUCUACCAACAAAAUGGAUAAAUGACUUACUGGAAACCUUGAGGUCAGUCUCAUCGUCGUCAGCUCUUUGUUCAACUCGAAGGAGCGCAGGGAUCCCAUUUUAUAUAAGCGCAAUUUGCAGCACAGAACCAAUUAUCAACAAGAGGAAGACUUUUCACCUUGUAAUGAAAGUUUUGGUUGAAUUAAGUCGCUCCGUCGCAAGCAAACUAGAUUUGACAAAUGAUGAUGUCAUUUCACAAAAGGUAAUCACCCUCAAUAUUCUACGAGCGAUGUUUCGAGACUCUAAGUUUGGCGAAGAUGUUUUUCCUUACGCGAGUGAUGGUUUGAUGAUCGCUGUCAAAGGAUUUUCCUCCAGUAUUUGGGCGAUAAGAAAUGCUUGUACUUUGCUGUUCAGUGCAUUGAUGUCCAGGGUGUUUGGCGUGAGGAAGUUCCCAAUGAGUGGAAAUGAAUUCUUCUCAAGAUUUCCAGCCAUGUACUCUUUUAUGAAAACUGAAAUUGAAGUUGUUGCAGAACAGUUUUCUUCUCAGAGCAAUAGGAUCCAUCUGCACCCAAGUGUCUUUCCGUUGCUGUUGUUGCUUUCGCAUCUUUAUCCUUCUUCAAUGGAUGGAAACGAUUCAAAGAUGAAGUUACGUGCCUUCGCACCACAUAUCCAGCGGUGUGGAAGAAGCGGGGUCUAUAAAACCAGAACAAUGGCCGCCAGGGCAUUAGCUUCAAUUGUGACGCCAGGAGAACUCGUAGAGACUGUCCAAUCAUUAAUCAGUAAUUUGCCAACUGAUGGAAUAAACAAAGAGAUCUGUCAUAAUCAUAUAAACGGCUGUUUGUUACAGAUACAAGAAUUAUUGCGUGGCAAAAUGGCAGACAGGACCGUGUCAUCGUCAUUAAAAAAGCAAAUAAUUGAUGGGCCUUUGUUAUCCUUUAGAGAUCACUUAUGGCUGGUAUCAAGCGACAACCUCUGCAGCUUCAACAAAGCUCUUUUCUUUGAAUUAAUAAAUGCAACAAUCGUGGAGCUUAACGGAGAAGAUUGGCAUUCCUUGUCCCCUUAUGUGCGCGAUUCCUUCCUAAACAUCAUUGAAGCUUCUUUUCAAGCAGCACUCGAUGAGUUGCAUUUAUCAGGGUUGUCAAGUAUACAAGCAGUCUCACUUCAGUCACUGAAAAGGAGCGUUGGGUACGAACUGCUCAGGAAAAAUUGUUCCAUUUUCCUCCAAAAGUGCUUGAAAUAUCAUAAUUUCAAGCAUCUUGUAACCGAUGGCCGUGACGCAGAGGUAGUAAAAUUGGAAAUUGUUUUAAAGUUGUUGAAAUCUGAUUUUUAUGACGUUCGGGAGUUAGUUUUGCACUGGCUUUGCAAGGAUGGAAAAUCUGAAAUUCAAAAAGAGGCUGUAACCUUAUGUCUUCAAGAGAGGCUACUCAAGAGUGAGACGGAGGUUGAAUGUCUGGCUGAGAUUUGCAAUGCACUUCUAGCAUCGUCCCAUUCAAAAAACUUUCCCUGGAUCAUGGAAAGUGGGAAAUCUUUCGACUGUAUGCAGGUGUGGAAGUGUCUCCAAGCAAACUUUCAGCCAAGUAAAAAGAGCGAGUCGUUGAAUGCUGCUGUUCAAAUGUUCACUACAGUCUUGAUUUGUGGUUUACAUAAUUCAAUGAAACAGAUGGGAGAUGUGGUAAAAUCUACAGCUUUUAGUUGUGUGGCUGAAAUGUUUGACUUCGUAAGCAGUUUCUGCCGGCCAGAGGAGAGUCUCCUUACUCGUAUGGAAUCUGCAAAAGUUAUUGCCAGUGUAAAUUACAUUAAUUUCAUGACAGAUGUGGAACUUAUUGAUUCUGAAAGUUCCGAAUUGGCAUUCAAAUACUGGAAAUGCAUUAUAGACUUGAUUCAAGACGAAGAUGCAGAUAUUCGCUGCUCAGUUUCUGCUAGUAUUUUCCCACUCAUAUGUAAAUUCUACCCUCAGCAAGAUUCUGCAGCUUUUGCACGAUGUACAACUUUGCCACCUGGAUUUUGUGUUCAACCAAGCUACAUGCUGCAAGUCAUCAUCAAGUCUUUAUCUGGAUUGUACUCUGAUCUGCCAGAAAAAGUUUGCAACUUCUUCAUGUCGCUUAUACUUGGCAAGUCUGCUGAUUUUAUCUCGCUAAUUGCUGAUAUGCCGCCGUCAGAGGAACAUCCUAAAAUCCACGCCUUAGGUGAAAAAGAUAAAGAAAAUGGCGUGGUCGUUUUUGAAGAAGGCGAAGCCAAUUCUUACAAAGAGGACUUGACGCUUGGGCAUAUUGUGUUUGAGGAAAUUCAAAACAUGAUUUGCUUGAAGAAUUUAGGCCCAAAAUUGAUCAGCAGAGGGUAUGCAAAAUACAUAAAACUGGCAAUCAACAAAUACAUCAAUAUUCCAAAUUUGUUUUUGGCAAGAUCUGAGAUGAAAACAUCGUGUCAAAUUAUCAUGGGGUUUUGCAUUUUGUUGGCGCUUGAUACAGAUGCAGCAUUUUUACAAACAAAAAAGGAUUUUUGUACUCUGUGUAGAAAAAUUGACUUGCUCCUUUCAGAAGGAUAUACAAUAGAAAAUUACGCACUUGUCAGCCAUCUACAAACUGCAAAGUGGAUUUGUGGAGAGUGAAAAACCCUCGAAAUUUUCAAAGAUCUGAAGAAUUGACAAUGGAUAUUCCUUGAUGGAAACUUCAGUAUUCUUGCAGUUUUCUAACGAAAUGUGUACUCAAUCUGUACAAUUUUUUUUAGAAAUAACCACACACGUUGUUACCGUUUUUAAUUGAAAUUUCAAAGAUUAAUAUUAUUCGGUAUUGCAUUGGGGACUUUUUAAUGGUAUAGGAACUUCUAAUUUGAAUUGUUUUACGAAUCUGAGUUAAAUCUUCUUAUAUCGUGAAAAUUUUUAGAUGAGAAUAUUAUAGUUAAAUGAGAGAAAAAUGCGUUUCCUGUGCUUGAAAUCUUUCAUUGUUCAUAGUUGGUUGAAAUAUUGCCAUGGAAAUGAACAAACAAAAAGGAACACAGAGUCCUGAAAGUGUUUAGUUCUUCCUUUUUGCAAUUCCCACAAACUUAGAAAUCCUUCCCCAAAUACUAAAGAAAGGCAAUGUUUGGGCGUGGUAGCAUUGGCCUUCCCCACGGUUAUUGACCGUAUAUGGCCGUCAUUUUUUCCAGGCUCUGGAGAAACAAAAGCUGGAGGGGGCAUAAUCUUUGUUAUCAUGAUUUACCAUGAAAAUUUUUAGGCAGCGUUGUUUUUAUCAUGUCACCAAUUUCCACGAUAAGCGAAGAGACAUUCCCUAGCGUAGGACGCCCCCCUCAUAAUAGUAAUAGCCUUCCUGGCUACAUUGCUGCCAACAGAUGGCUGCAGUUUCUUCUUUCUGGCUAUAUAUUUUUGUUCUAGAGAAGUUACGCAACAAUCUGCUGACAGGCACAUUCUUCCAAAUGUGACUUUCAUCUUCCGAAAGUAGGAAGACAAAUAGAGCAGACUUGAUACUUCUGGGCUAAAUACUCGCUUUUGUGUAAGGAGCACACGAGAAAGAUACCUUAGGCUCACAUUUCUGAAAACCCAAAAACUUUAAAGAGGGAGACUGAGAAUGAAAAGAAACAAGAAUUUCCUUUAGGAACAAAAUUUGAAUAAGGAAAAGGCACUAGAAGAAUUUACUCACAUAAGUGAACUUUGUUUUCAAAUUUGGAAUUUUUAACUUGAAAAGGAAAUGUGUUAUGAAUCUCACAAACAUAUUUAUUGAAAGACUCAAAGUGAAACAAGAAAGGGGUAAGGGAAAUAUUUAGCAUAUCAUUAUAGAAAUAAGCGCUCUGUAAGGAUAUGCAUUCGAAUUUUAUUGCUGGUUUGGUUUUAAAGAAAGUAUUUCCAAUUAAUUAAGUGUAAACGGUUGCACCUUGUAAGCCGUGAAGGCUCAUUCCAUUUUGCGGCUACGGAACUCUUAUCAGACGAGCAAAAAGAUCUGCAUGACUGAGAUAUAACUUUUGUUUAGGGGGGGGGGGCAGCCCUUACAAAUUAAUGUAAAGAUAGCCAUAUUUUAAAGAAUAAUAGUAUUUUACUUGUGCUAUUUAAGUUUUUGUGGGAGGCCAAGCCUCCCCCGGCCCCCGGUAUCUCGUUCCUUGCUGCAUAUUACUCUUUGAAAGUGGUUUAAUUUCUCGCAAUUUUCUUUUCUGGUUUUGAAUAUACCAUGCU